UGACAAUCGUUAAUCACUGUCUGGCAACCCCCAAACUGACACGAGCACACCAUUUCUUGUAUGCGCUUGCCCCACUCCUGGUUGGGCAUGACAUGGCCGUGUAAACAAACACUCUCUAGGGCACGGAAAAGGUAAAAAGAAACGGAAGCCCAAGAAACGGAAGCUCCCCUCGCCUCCGUAAAUAGUGUUUCGAGUUUCAUCAGAAAGAAACACUCACAGAAACCUAUCAAAAAGAAACGCCGGUUUCGGUAAAAUACGAUUCAACCCUCGCAAAAAUUCUCUUCGAGUUUUCUGGGGUAAAAGUAUGCCAUCGGAAUCUGAUAAGUGGGCAUGGAAACAUGUCAGUGUGUUCGGUGGGUUUGACAAGGGAAGUGGCACGAAAAAGUGGAAAUGCAACCACUGUAAUCUACGAUAUAAUGGAUCUUAUUCACGUGUUAGAGCACACCUUCUUGGGUUUACUGGUGUUGGGGUCAAAAGCUGCCCAGCAAUAGACAGGUCUUUGAGAGAAGCAUUUCAGAUAUUAGAGGAAGAGCGCCUUGCUCGGAAGGAAGAGCGCCUUGCCCGGAAGGAAGAGCGCCUUGCUCGGAAAGAGAAAAGGACUUCUGGAAGUGGGAAGCCUGGCAAACACAUUUGGACUUCACAACCAAGUCAUACCUGUGUCACCGUAGGAGAUGUUGAUCGGACUUCGCGACCAAGUCAUACCUGUGUCACCAAAGAAGAUGUAGAUGACAUUGUGGCAAGAUUUUUCUAUGCCAAUGGAUUGAAUAUCAAAGUCGUCAGCUCUCCAUACUUUCUUGAAAUGACAAAAGCAAUUGCUGCUUUUGGACCUGGGUAUGAACCCCCAACAAAAGAUGAACUGUCUGAUUCUUUUUUAAGUAAAGAGAAAGCAAGGAUUGAAAAAUCUGUGGCUCUAGUUAGGGAGUCCUGGCCUCACACAGGAUGCACAUUACUGUGUGUUGGCUGCUUAGAUGGCUCGUUGGGCUGCUUCCGCAUUGAUAUAUUUGUCUCUAGUCCAAGGGGACUAAUGUUUUUGAAAGCAGUAGAUAUAGAUGUUACUGAUGGAGUGGACAAUGUGUUCACUGGUGUUCUUAGUGAUUUAAUUGUGGAAAUUGGGCCCACAAAUGUUGUUCAGAUAAACUCACAUCUAGGCCAAGCCUGUAAAUCUUCUGAAUCCCUUAUAUUGUCAAAGUUCCCUCACAUAUUCUGGUCUUCUUGUGCAUCGCAUUCUAUAUGCAUGCUAAUGGAAGAAAUAGCUGAAUUGGAUUGGAUUAAAUCUGUUUUCUUGUGUGCUAAGGAAAUUGAGCAAAUUAUCAUGACAUAUCAGCGUUCUUGUCCAGGUAUCUUGAUUCAAAAUUUGAAAGGGAGCUCUGACCCACUUUCUACUAAGUUUUUUCCAUCCUAUGGCAUUGUCCAGAGGAUUCUUCAGCUAAAGCAAUCACUUCAACAGGUAGUUGUUAGUGAAGACUGGAAGCAAUGGAAGCUUUGUACUCCGGAGGACAUUGCAAGUAUCGAGGCUGCCAUUUUAGGGGAUGAAUUCUGGAGCAGGGCUCAUUUAUUCUUGCAGUUAUGUGAGCCUUUCUUAAGGUUCCUUGCUAUACUUAAUAUAGAUCGAUCUGUCAUGGGCGAUGUUUAUGAUUGGCGGGUUCAGGCUCUUGAAGCUGUGAGAAGCAAGGGAAUUGAUGAAAGUGCAUUGAACCAAUUGGAAGAGUUGAUAGAGAACAGAUGGGAUGUGUUAUUUUCUCCUCUUCAUGCUGCAGGUUAUAUACUAAAUCCUAAAUAUUUUGGGAAAGGUCAAACAAAGGAUAGAACUGUAAUGCGGGGAUGGAAAGCCACUCUAGAAAGAUAUGAGGGUGACAGUGCAUCGAGAAGGGUUCUUAGAGAGCAGCUUAGCUCUUACUGGAGAUUAGAAGGACCCUUAGGAGAGGAGGAUGCUGUGGAUUGUAGAGGUAAAAUGGAUCCUGUUGCUUGGUGGGAGAAUUUCGGUUUCGAAACACCCCACUUACAGACACUAGCCAUGAAAGUUCUGAGUCAGGUUUCAAGUGUUGGAAUGUGUGAAGAGAUACUCCAAGAUAAUGAUUUUCCAUGCCGAGAAACAGCCAACAGGUUAGGAGUGGAGAGAGUAGAAGAUCUUGUUUUUGUCCGAAACAACCUUAGACUUCAUAGCCAAAGAAAUGGAAUUUCAAGCUCCUCAUCUGUUCAAAGAAAUCUAAUCUGAAGCAGCCCAUCCGAAAUUAAAACGUGGGAGGGCACUCUUCUUGAUCAAACGAAGGCAAUAUAUAGUGUUUAUGACACAUUGUGAUAGAUUGUGUGCCUCUUCUGUUUUGCUGCCGCUGAAGUGUUGGAAUGUGUGAAGAGAUACUCCAAGAUAAUGAUUUUCCAUGUCGAGAAACAGCCAACAGGUUAGGAGUGGAGAGAGUAGAAGAUCUUGUUUUUGUCCGAAACAACCUUAGACUUCAUAGCCAAAGAAAUGGAAUUUCAAGCUCCUCAUCUGUUCAAAGAAAUCUAAUCUGAAGCAGCCCAUCCAAAAUUAAAAAGUGGGAGGGCACUCUUCGUGAUCAAACGAAGGCAAUAUAUAGUGUUUAUGACACAUUGUGAUAGAUUGUGUGCCUCUUCUGUUUUGCUGCUGCUUAAGGUAUUGGAGCCUGAGACUAGAGCCACUACAGAAGCUUGUUGAAGAUAAUGCUGGAGUAGCAAUGAAUUCCAAAGUCUUGAAAAGGUGAGUGGGAUCUUUUCCUAUGCCUCCAGCUUGAGAAAAAAUGUUGACUUGUGAAACUUGUCUUUAGAAAUGCCUUCAUCCUGAAUUUGUUUAUAGCUUUUCCUGAAUAUGUUUGUAACUUGAGAAAUUAGUGACAAACAUGUUAUACAGGUUCUCAUAACUAGAAAAUUUUUGUAGAAAAAAUAAUUGAUUUGAGAGUGGGUGGCAUGACACAUCAGGGUUGUAAUUCUUUUGUAGUAAACUAUGUGGUACUUCCAAACAUUUGUCUGUGCCUUCUUAUUUCCUUCAUAGAUUUGUAUCCAUUGAAGAAGAAUGGAAUUACUUGUAUAAAAGGACUAAUCAAUGUCGCAUCAAAGUUGUUCUUACAUUAUCAAUGUGGGAGUCGAUGGGAUCUCACUUGCAUGCAUGUCGGCUUCUUGCUACUUUGCCUGAAACUAUUUGACAUCAUUUGCUGAAACAAACCUUUGACCAAUCCUUUUGAAAUGGGCAGUACCCUUUGAAUCUUAUAGUCUUUGAAUCUUUGGAAAAGGCAAUGAUCAAGGUUCAUUCUCAAAAGACAGUCAUUAUAUCACCGGACUGGACCCCAAAGAUAUUAAUGCAAGGGCUCCUUUUAGUGGCAAUCAAAUUGGUUUUCGGACUGUAGUUUAAGAUACCCAGAAGAAUUUUAAAUUGGUAGCUG